UAUCCGACACUGCACCGAUGGUCACUAUCAACCACCGUAAAUUUUAAGAAACUAACACUCCACACCAGAGAAUCCUUCCCCAUUUCACGCGUUUCCUAGCACUCCGGAGUAACCUUUUCUAUCCUUUAGCUCAUGAUCACAGUAUGCCUGACUCACCAGGUGACGAUAAUAACGAUUCUAGAACAGCCUCAGUUGGUGCGCAACGCAAUCGCGCCACUAGCACCAAUGGCUCGCGACAGAGCUCCAUAGACAGCAGCAAUUCGCACCCCAAGAAAAGACAACGAAGAAAUGGAAAGGUGGGGCCUACAGAUGCACGCGACUUUGUCCCUCAAGGUGCCACCUUCAGCGCAAAUACAUUGGAGGUCGACCCGGAUAGUACGUCGAGCUCUGGCUCCUCAGGUAGCGACGAUGAAUCCAAUUCCUCGGAUGAUGGAAACGAGGCUUCUUCCCAGGCUGGGCCCCAACCCGCAGUGGCUCCUAAUUGGAAUAAGGCCAGUAAAAGUACCAUCAGGACUUCAUUGAACAAACGGGGAACCAAGGCAAAUGAGGGCCAACAGGAUUCUCGGUUUGAUGCGGUCAAUGAUAAAUACUGGCGCAGUCGCAGCGAAUCUGUUUCGACUGGCGGCGCCAACGACAAUGUGUCACAGACCAACAGUGAUGGUGCUUCUGAAGAAGGAGAAGUACAGGAAGAUGAUUCAUCUGACUCCAGUCGAAUGCAUCUAUCAGGGGACUCCGAUGACUCGUCUCUGGAUUCAGAGGCCGAUGACUCGAUACUAUUGAAUAUCAAUUCCCGUGGUCAGACACAGAGUGCUAACCAGAAACAAAAUGGGGGGCUGUCGCUGCACGACGAUGAUUACGAUCCAGAGUCUCUUCCGGUUUCUCAAAGUAUUACCAAUGGACACGCCUUUGACGGGGCCGCAGAUGGUUCUCCGACGACGUCGAAGGAGGCAGCAUUCCGCUUCUUCGCCCAAAAAUACCCCACUAAUCCCGAGACACUUGCUGAUCUUAAGCGUGAAGAUAUGGAAGCCCAGGCGAAGUAUAUCUUCUACGAUCGAGAGAUUAAUGACAUAAACUUGCAAUUACCAGUAGCCUGCACUGAAUGCAUGCGGGAGGGCCAUCUUGCUGAAGUGUGUCCAUACAAAGAGUGUGUGCAUUGCGGUGCUUGGGAUCAGCAUCAGAGCAGUUUCUGUCCUUCGUGGAGAAGAUGUCAGAAGUGCCGAGAGCGUGGCCACGAUCAGCGAAAUUGCCCUUCGCUCCUGAAAGGCUCCGCAUCUGAGAUUCCCUGUGAUCUGUGCGGAUCUUCGGCUCAUUUGGAGCUCGAGUGUGAUUUCAUGUGGAAAGCUCAUCGGCAAGAGCCGCCGGCCGGGCCCGUGCUUGUAUCCAUAUCUUGCUCUCAUUGUACCAGUAGCCAUCAUUUGGUCGGUGACUGCCCAUCUCUUCCACAGCCUUUGAAAUCUUCGUCCUGGACGUUAAGAGGGAUUGAUCCGAAUAUGGUCACGAAUAUCAAUUCCGUAGUCAACGGUAGGAGCGGAGGACCUUCGUCUAGAGGUCGAGGUGGAAUGAAAAUUAGGGGCCGUGCGGAUGCACACUCCUCCCCGGAUGACAGCGAUGACUUGAUGACCAGACGACGGCCCGUCGGUCGUGGUGGAAACCGCGGCAAUAUCCGGAUCGGUAGUGGAAUUGGGAAGAACAAGAACCUAGCGCCGGCCGGCUCGCGAGGUCCAGAUAUGGAUUCUCGUCAGUUUUAUAGAGAUCGUCAGGAUUUCCAUUCAGGCAACGGACGCCAACGCUCUUUGUCCCCCAACCCUCGCCGCGGAAGAGGCAAGGAUAGCUGGCAACCUGCACCUCGUUCGCCCCCACGAGGCCAGUCUAGACCGCCUCCUCGUGGAGGAAGAGGCGGUGGUCGGGGGCGUGGCGGACGUGGCAAUGGUAACAAACGAGGGGGUAAUGGCGACGCUUAUCGCCCAAUGCCGAGUGCCGCUAAAAAGGCUUGGGAUAAGUACAGACUCUGAUCUAUGAAUAACUAAUCCAACACAGGUGGUUGCUCGGCU